GGAGAGAAGUUGUUGGUGAUGGAUCUGCCUCUCCACGGCUUUAAUUUCUCUGUUUUUCUCUCAUCAUUUGUGAUCCGAGCAUUCUACUUGUAGCAAACCCAACAAGUGACCGAGUGUUCGAGUUUGAGGGAAAGGAGAAGCAAAUGGAGCUGAAAGCUGAGCUCGGGCCUGCAAAGAUGAAGCAGGUCAGUCCUCCACCGCCACCUCUGCCGCCACCAUUGCCAAGAUUCUGGGUUGCGACAAAACCAAUGAUUACAGAGAGUGUGACAAAUCAAGAGAUUGCCAAAUUCUGGAGGCAGAAGCGGAUGGAGGAAGAAGAUCACCUGCUUGCUGCCCUCAAGGCCGCAGCUCGUAUCAGGGCCCAGAAGCUCACGGAAGAUGAGUACCAGCGGUAUGAGGAGUCGCUAGAGGAUGCUGACAACGAAGACAACAGCAAACAGGCCGAGAACGACAAAGCAUUACGCGUUGGAAUAAAGGACUGGUGGACAAAGAGCAAGUAUGCCUAUUUAAACCAACCAGCCAUCGGUUCCACGGACAUACCCAAAAGAAGAAGGUCCAGCUACAUUCCCAAUGUUUGUUCUUAUAAGCUCACUCCCCCGCAGCCUACCUAUCUGGGCGUAUUUUAGUUCAUUCAACCUGCUGCAAUGGAUUUAGUUGCUGCGCAUGAUUUGUAUGAUGUAUUGAGGUUGUUUCCUUGGAUAAGAAAAGGGCUUGCUAGUGUUAUUUGUAAGUCUUCCUUUAGUUAAGGGUCCAUUCCCAGGAUAGGGAAAUGUGUGUGUGAGUUGCUUGCCUCUACCCUUAACUUCAAGUUGAAGCAAAUAUCAACAUUUGUUAGAUUAAAUAAAUGAAUAAAUAAAUAAAUUGUAGCCA